AUGUCUGAAGUCAUCAUCAAGGCCGCCGAGGGUGUUCCCUACUUCACUCCCGCCCAGGAGCCGCCCGUCGGCACCUGCCUCGCCCCCGCCGAGGGCAAGGAAGUCCCCAAGGCUUUCCAGCCUCUGACCAUCCGCGGCGUCACCUUCCAGAACCGCAUCUGGGUCUCGCCCAUGUGCCAGUACUCGUACGAAGACGGUUUCCUCAACGACUGGGCCGUCGUGCACUACGGUUCGUUUGCCGCGCGCGGCGCCUCGCUCACGAUUAUCGAGGCCACUGCUGUCCUCGACAACGGUGGCAUCACGCCCUACGAUGCCGGUCUGUGGAAGGACGAACAGAUCGAGCCUCUGAAGCGAAUUGUCGACUUUGCCCACUCGCAGGGCCAGAAGAUUGGUAUCCAGAUCGCGCAUGCUGGUCGUAAGGCCUCGACCAUGCCUCCCUGGACCGGUAUCAACUACGCCCACGAGGGUGCUCAGAAGGGUUUCCCUGAUCGCGUCGUUGCUCCCUCUGCGAUCAAGUUCGACGACGACUUUGUUCCUCCCCGUGAGCUUACCACGGCUGAGGUUGAGGAGUACAUUGAGGCUUACAAGAAGGCUGCCGAGCGUGCUGUCAAGGCCGGCGUCGACGUCGUCGAGGUCCAUGGCGCGCAUGGAUACCUCGUGAACGAGUUCCUGUCGCCCGUCACCAACAAGCGUACUGACAAGUUUGGUGGUUCGUUCGAGAACCGCACCCGCUUCGCUGUCGAGAUCGUCAAGGCCGUCAAGUCUAUCCUGCCCGAGAACGUCCUGCUCUUCUUCCGCACCUCUGCCACCGACCGUCUCGAGCA